GGAAUCUCACAGGGCGACCUAGGGAGAGGGAGAGAGAGGGGAAAGCGUACAGAAGGUUGGGUAUCAGGGGUAGGGGGUGGAGAAUGCAGAAGGAGCAACAGAUUGAGCUCUGAGGCUACAGUGGAAACAGAGUUCACCCUCCAUGAAGGGCUGAAGAGAGAAACACAGCCAGAAGAGCGAGAUGAAGAAAAGAGAGAUGAAGGGGAACUAGUCCAAGAAGGGCAUGCGGACAAAAGAAUGACGUUAUAGUCUCUGUACUGUAGCCGAUCGGACAGAGAGAAGAGAGGGCAACAGGAGAUAGAGAAAGGAGAGAGAGGCAUGUGAGGUUUGAACAGACAGAGACGUGAAAGCACAGGAGGCGUGUCUGGAGCCACUCAGACAGAGACGGAGAGAGGGAGAUACCCACGGAGGGAGAUACCCACGGAGGGACACAGACAGAAAAAAAGUGAAAAACAGAGACUGACAGAGAGAGAGAGCAAAAAAGAAGGGGAGUGAGAAACAGGAAGUGAGCAGUGAGGUACAAUCGGGGAGAGACUGUGAGGGAGGGAUGGUGCGUUAGAGGAUCCGAGAGGACAGAAAGAAGGUAAAGGUACCGAAACAAACCAACGAGUGCUUAGUGACAGGAAAUAUUAAGAAGAGCAAGGAAGGGUUGGAAAGGGGGGGGUCGGCCAGAGAAAGUAGCAGGGGGUUGGUCGGAGGCAUGAGGGGAGGGCUUCUAAAGCUGCUGUUCUCCCUGAUGGUAAUUCUGCUCAUCCUGGGAACCAUUCUGACUGCCCUCCUCGGCUACAUCUUCAACAACAGCAGUGUUGGACCCGGCAGCCCCCUCCACCAGAGCCAGGGGAACUCUGGGUCAGACACGUCCGGAACAUGCAAGGGCUGCAGGGACACCACCAUCAUUGAGAAAGUAGUGGAGCACUACUCUCACAGCUGGAAGAAGCAGGAGGACAAUUUCAGAAAGUUCAGGUCUCUUUUAAGAAACACAUGUCAUGGACUCACCAAGGCUGUGGUGACACAGUCUAACACUCCUCUGGGGUCAAAGGUAGUGUACGAUGGAGAGAAGAGGAAACCUCUUCAGGUGACCGCUGAACUGUUCAGCACCUUCGCUAAGGAGCAUCCUUUUGUGAACGCGACAUGGGAUACGUGCUCCGUCGUUGGGAACGGCGGAAUUCUGGCCAAUAGCAGCUGUGGAGAGAGAAUCGACUCUGCCCAGUUUAUUAUCAGGUGCAACCUCCCCCCUCUGGCGAACGGCUACGAGAGAGACGUAGGCAACAAGACAGACCUGGUGACAGCCAAUCCCAGCAUCCUCCAGGAGAAAUAUAAGGGCCUGCAGGAGCAUCGUCUGCCUUUUGUGAAGAGCCUGCACAGCUAUGGUGACUCCUUCGUGCUCCUCCCAGCUUUCUCCUAUGGCCACAACACGCCAUUGUCUCUGAGGGCCCUCUACACCAUCCAGGACUUCAACUCCCCCUCCCGACCCAUCUUCCUCAACCCGGAGUACCUCCGGAGCCUGGCACGCUUCUGGCGGAGCCAGGGCCUGAAGACUGCUCGUCUCAGCACAGGCCUCAUCGUGGCAAGCCUUGCGCUGGAGCUGUGUGCCAACGUGCACCUCUACGGCUUCUGGCCGUUCAGUCAGCACCCGCAGCACCACCGCCCACUCACAAACCACUACUACGACGACAGGCAAAGUAAGAAGACAGUGCACGCCAUGCCCGCCGAAUUCGACCAGCUACAGCGGCUCCACAACCAGGGCGUGCUACGGUUACACUUGGGAGAGUGUGCACCUGCCGCCACGUAGGCCACAGCCCUGCUCCAACUGCCACACAGGCCACACCCAUACACCAUGUGCCAUGCCUACAGCUAGCACAUAUAAACGCAAGCAGGGAGUUUGUCUGAGGCUUCCUACUACAGUCUUAGACAAUCACCUGGAAGGUCUUUGCUAGGUGCCAGAGCAGUGGAUCUGCAAAGGAGCAUGCUUUUAUGAACCAGCUGGUCAUAUUGGAGGAGCAGGUUGGUGUUUUGAAAUGUGCAGAGUAAAUCUACAGACCAAUAUUUGCACUGAACCAAAGACUGAAAAUAAAAUAUCAAGGAGUGUAAAUACAUUGAAGUAUAUUAGAUGUAUAAUAGCGUGGUUAUUACUGUGUUAAUCAUAUUAUUCCAGAUGGAAUUUUAAGAAUAUGAAAAACAGGGAGCCAUUUUAGUAGUAACGUUAAUGAGUUUUGUAACAUGGUUAUGUUGAAGCCUUCACAACCACACUGACCUUCCAAAAUAACAUAUGUUCAUGUAUACGAAAUAUCUCCUUCACUGGACAAUCUGUACAGUGGGGAGAACAAGAAUUUGAUACACUGCCGCUUUUGCAGGUUUUCCCACUUAUAAAGCAUG